AUGAUAUCGAAUGCCGUAAUCCGUUCGGAAGCCGAAGGCGGCAAGGGGCCCACACAUGAGGCAGGCACAAUCAACCGGAGAAAGCCGGAUGUCACCACCACAAGCAACUCCAUCUCACGACUCUCAACUAUUGCGGACAUUGAGGCACAUCUUCCGUCUCUCCGAGCCCUGCUGCAAUCAUGCGUCAACCCCGACCCGCCGACGUCUUCCAUCGGUUUUAUUGCUCCGCUAUCUGAUGCAGAAGCGGACCAAUACUGGAGGUCCCUCGGCACCAGCUUGGGCAUCACAAACCACCUGUUCAUCCUGACCGGCCCUGGCGACCGCGAUGGCGGGCCCGAGGUGACGGCGACCGUCCAGCUCCUCAGGAUCCCCAAGGCCACGCACGCCCACCGUGGCGAGGUGGCCAAGCUGCUGGUGUUGCCAACCCACCAACGAUCAGGGCUGGGCAGGACGAUGAUGGAGCACGUCGAGGGCUACGCGCGGGACACCCUGGGGCUGCGGGUGCUCACGCUCGACACGGAGACGGACACACCGGCGCGCCGGUUCUACAGCCGCACCGGCUGGACGGAAUGGGGCACCUGCCCGGACUACGCGGCGUACGCGGACGGGCGCCCGGGGAGUGCUACGUUCUUCGUCAAGUCUCUAGUGUGA